GAAACAACAAAUAAAGAACUUAAGUAAGAAAAAAUUUUUUAAGACGGACAUAAAAUUGCAUAAAAACGUAAAAGCAGAACAAAAUAUAUAAAAAUUUCACGGAAAAACGUAAAAAAAUUGAAGUGUUUAUUUUGGCAAAUAGAUAAUUACAAAAACAAAUUCAAAAUAACGCAAAACAUUUUAACUAUAAUACCUUUAUUUUAUUGCAUUACAUAUACAGACAGCAAAGGAAGAAAAAAAAUAGGAAAACAAAUUCACCCAUCGUCAUUAAUCCAGUCCGUAUUAGCCGCUGUCGUAUAGUGUUAUUUUUAAUUUCAUUUUCUAUGUAGUAUUUAAUACUAAAAGGACUUUUCAGUUAAGAAAAGAAGUAGAUGAACAAAUAAUAAACGAAAGUAUUGUUUAUUUGCCUGUGAAGAAAAAAAACAAGAAAAAAUUAAUUAAUCCUUAAGAUCUACUAAAACAACGAACAACAAAGAAAGUAAGAAAGGAAGGAAGAAAAAGAGAAUUACAAAAAUAAUAUCUACAAGGAAAAAGUAGUAGACAACAAACAAACCAACUUAACAUCUAAGGAAAUAAAUAAUACAAAAAGAAAAAAAAAAAACACAAAUGGAGUAUGAUGAAUAACUUGAAGAAACUUUGAACUUUUUUCAUCCUUGUUCAAAAAACUACAACUACGAUAGUGCACAUAGUCACACCCACAACAAAUAAAUAAUAAAAUUUUAGAACAAUAGACGUAACAUUAAAACACUUCAAAAUAUUUUAGCAGUAACCUUUGCCAGACAAAGGAACUCUAUAGAUAAGUUUACAAAGAAUUGAUCAUCCCUCCCUGAUCCUUUUCCUUCAUCUCCUCCACCACACUCACAUCAAUAUCCAACAACGAAUGGGCGCAAAGGCGAGUACACCCGCCAACAGCGGUCACCAGAGCCCUCGUUCGCGGACAUUUUCGAGCAGCUCGACUGGUGCCGAAUUGACUAGCUCGUCGGUGGACAGACAACGUGCCCGCAGUUUGAGUUCUGUGCCUGACAUGCACGCUCAGGCAACCGGAUCAUCAUCCGGCGAUCACAAUCAACACACACAUGCCAGCAAUUCGACAGCAGCUAAUAGCAAUAAUUAUGCCAGUUCAUCAACAACAACAAUGUCGUCACAACAAGGUCACAACAAUCACUUGCAGCGUCACACAUUGGGAGAUAACUUACGUGAUUACUUUCAGGGCGUUUCAAUGGCUGGAGCCAGUUUCGUAGAAAGCAUAGCUUUAGCAGCUCAAUCGGCCUCAAAUGGUGCAGCUAAUAGUAUCGGACGAGUGUAUACAGCAACAUCACUUCCAUCGCAAAUAUGGUCGUUUAAUGGAAUUAAAUGCCCUGUAUGCAAUAAAUUUGUUUUACCCGAUGAUAUUGAAUGCCAUUUGGUUAUGUGCCUGACAAAACCUCGACUCUCAUAUAAUGAGGAUGUUUUAUCAGAUGCCAAGGGAGAAUGUGUAAUUUGUUUAGAAGAUUUAAAUCCUGGUGAUAUUAUAGCACGCUUGCCAUGUCUUUGUAUUUAUCAUAAAUGCUGUAUUGAUCGAUGGUUUGAGGUAAAUCGCUCAUGUCCAGAGCAUCCUGGUGACUAGUUAAAACUCAAUAUGUAAUUAUUAAACAAACAACUUUUUCUAUUUUAGUAUAAAUAAUUCUAUAUAUAUAUAUACAAAUAUUCAUAAAAAAAAAAACAAAAAUAUAAUUACCGAAAAAUUGAUAAACGAUUAAAUUAGUUUUUAGAUUUUACAUGAUAAAUAAAAUUAAAAAAAAAACCAUUGAAAAAAAUAAACAACCACAAAAAGAUAAACAAAAUAAUUGAACAAACCACUUUUUAUGAAAUGACUAGAAAGAAUUAAACAAAAAAAUUAAAAUAACAAUAAUUAAGAAAUUCUUACCAAAAAUCAAUGAUAAGUUUUAAAUCAUUAAAAAAAAAUAAUUUUGAUUUAAUAAAAUUAAAUAGAAAUUUAAAUUAAAACGGUUUACAUAUAUAAGGACAUACAUAUAUAUAAAUUAAUAAAAACAAAAAUUAUGUGCUGCAAUAGUAAUUUAAAAAAAAAUUCUGAAAUUCUUUGAAAUAACGAUAAAAAGAUGACGGUAAUUUUAUAUAUUUAGUAUACAUAUAUUUAAUAAUAACGUUAAUGAUAAAAUUAAAGAAAAUUCUACCAAAAUUAAGUAUAUAUACAAACAUACAAACAAACAUACAUACUAUACAUCUCUAUACAUAAUAUACAACAUAAUAAUAAUAACAAUUUUAAUAAUAUAAACAAUUUAUUAAGUGAAAACAAAACUAAACAACCGAAAAUAUAUAUAUUUGAAAUAAAAUAUUAAUGAUAAUGUUUAAAUACUAUUAUAAUUUGAUAGUAAUGAAAAUAAACAUAAAAACAAACAAACAAAUAAUUAAGAGAUUAGUUGUUAAAGCAUUUUGUACUGUGACAUAAAAAAUAAGAAAAAAAAACAAAACCAACAAAACCUAAAAUAUGAUGUUGUAUGUAAUCAUGUGUAUUUAUCUGUAUCUGUUUUUAUUUCCUUAAUUGUGAUUUUAAUUAAAUUAAAUUUAAAAACAAAAAAAAAUAAUUAAAAGCAAAAAACAAACAAAAAAAUCCCAGUGAGUGCAUGAACUACCGAAGAAAUUGUAUAAAAAAACCAAAACACACACACACACAUAUAAAAGCCAACUCAUGUUUUCUUUGUUAACAAUUUUUAUUCUCGAUUAAUGGUUAAGGGCAGAAAGGAACGAAAGAAGGUGUCAUAUAAUAAUGUAUUUGUAAUUAGUAAAUGUGAAAAUCAAUUAUAACAAUUUACAACAUUUUAA